CGCGUUCGCGUCAAAGGAAGUCCAGCGUUCUUUGUCCAAUGCGCGGUCAUGAAUGGCGUCUCCGCCAGAGCCGGAGUAAGAGAGCGAGAGAGUUCUCGUGCUAAAAACUCAACGCUAAAUUCAUGAACGCUAACAACAGCCAUUUAAUUAGUUUCAGUUAGAAUCCUGCAUACCCUUCAGAUCAGCGGUCAUGUCUGGCAUAGCUCUGAGUCGACUCGCGCAAGAGCGGAAAGCAUGGAGGAAAGAUCAUCCCUUUGGCUUUGUUGCUGUUCCAACUAAGAACCCUGACGGUACGAUGAACCUGAUGAAUUGGGAGUGCGCCAUUCCCGGGAAGAAGGGGACUCCGUGGGAAGGAGGUCUGUUUAAGUUAAGGAUGCUCUUCAAAGACGAUUACCCAUCAUCCCCUCCGAAAUGUAAAUUCGAGCCGCCGCUGUUUCAUCCGAAUGUUUACCCGUCAGGCACGGUGUGUCUCUCCAUUUUAGAGGAGGACAAAGACUGGAGACCUGCCAUCACGAUCAAACAGAUUCUUUUGGGAAUCCAGGAGCUUUUAAAUGAGCCCAAUAUUCAGGACCCAGCCCAGGCUGAGGCUUACACCAUAUACUGUCAGAACAGAGUGGAGUACGAGAAGAGGGUCCGAGCACAAGCCAAAAAGUUUUCUCCCUCGUAGACGGAGGAACAGCUCUUUCAGAGGGAAUGUGUCGGCACUUGUUUAUUUUUUCCGUCUCCUUCCUCCUCCUCUUCCCCUCUCUCGCUGGGACUGAAAGGACUUGACGUGAUGUGAUGUCCGUGCCAUCUGCCCCUAACCCCACAGGCCCCAGCCCCAGACCUGGUAGUAAGGUCACAAACACAGCCCCGCUCCCCCUGACCCACCCCCCUCAGCAGGACAGUCCCUGCCUUGCUUUAUUGUCGGCCAAUCAGAAAUGGACCUCAUCUAUCCCCCCUCCCCCUUUUUUUGUUCCCCCUACAGUCAGCGCGAACUGAAUGAAAAUGAUUAACUUUGUGUCUGUAUCGUGGGUGUGAGUGGAUGAGUGCGCACGCGUGUGUGUGUCUGUGUGUGCAUGUAUGUUUCUUAUUUUAAUGUCAGACUUUCCCUUCUUUGAUCAUUUUUCCUCCAUGAUGCAGAGAGAGUGCGUGUGUGGUAGCUCAGCUAAGAUCUCUACAGUGUAAAACUGGGUGAAAUUAUUAUUAAUGAUCUUGCUUUCUCUACUUCUCUCCAUCUUCCACACGAUAAAAUUAAUUCCUAAAAACGACGAUUAGCAGCUGUGGUGAUUCUGCUGUGCCGGUCUGUACCAGACGCCUGUCACUCUGUCGCACACCAACGCUGGUUUAAGUUGACUAAUCGUAAAUUUGGGAUCGUUGUAGGGUCGGACUUAUUUACCAGGAUAGCUUUUUUGGUUUAGUUUUUUUUUUUUUUUUUUUUUCAUUCAUUUGUUUGUUAAUGAUGGGAACAUGUGUCCUUUGUUCUUUGAUGGUUUAAUAAAGAUCUUUCUACAAAACAA